CAUGAUAUAAGUGUCAUAUAAUAACGAGAUUAUAGAAGAGAAAGGUGGGAUAUUAACUAGUGUAUAUUAGAUAUAUCAUAGUUUAGAAUACCUAGUAAAAGUGUUGAAUAUAAGACCCUGUGUGGUAUAUUGACUGGGUGAUUUUGAGGUUAUAUCGUGUUGUAUUGGGUUUAAACAUCAGUUUAUAGGAUUAUAGGCCUACCGAUAACAUGUUAUGAAAAUGACGUAAUAUUUGAUCCCUGAAAAUCUCAGAAUGUGUGAUAUUCUGUUCAGUGAAAAAUGAUAACAUUAAAACCAUCUUGAAUUUCAUGAGGUAAUGUCGAAAUCUGAUAACGAUACACCACCGCAUACGUCAUCAAGACCUGCAUGCAUGCCUAGCAACAAGGACGACGGGUUUCUCCCGCCAAUAAAUUUUCGGGGAACACCGAGCAGUGAUUCUGAUUCUGACUGUCGGCGAAAUGGGCAAUUUUCAUCCAAUGAGAAUUCAUCUUUGUCGUCAAGUCCAGUGAAACUUCCGAGUAUUGGGCGCUCUUUUUCUACGAGUGUGUCUAGUUUGCAUAAAGGGUUAAAGGAGAAAGAUCGAAGGGAGAUAAUAUGUCGUUCACCAAGUUGUCCGUCAAACAUAGGAUUAUCCACGACCAGGCAGUUAGAUUUUACACCCGAAAACAAAACCACAAGACGGGAUAGAUUUGAAAACGAUGAUGACGACGAUGAUGAUCUCCGACUACCGUCUAUUUUUCAAGACCGGAAGUCGUCUGUUGCUAGUUAUGUGACACCGCGUAAUACGAAUAAAACUCGUACGAAUAGCCAAAGUCGGCCAUCAUUAAAAGCACAGGAUCCUAAUCCAAAACACAAUGGUUUCGACAAACACGAAAAGUAUUCGCUGUGUUCAAACACAGACCCAGUGCCAGCAACGACACCUCGAAGUGAAAACUUGGAUACUCAUAGAUCUACCACCCAAUGUGCCCUUUUAUUACCCUUACGUAAUACGGAAACCAGAAAAUCAAAACGGAAGCGGCGGAAUGCCCACUAUAGACAAAACACUCAAUUGAGUACAAAAUCUGAGAGUGCUGCGUGUGAUGACGUCAGUAAAAAGGAUGUUAUAAUACCGAGUAGUCGAUCAGAAUACAAUGGUUAUAGUCCAGUUCGGGAAUUAGACGCUUCUCGUAACCUCUCAGAAUCUGAUGAUCUCCAUAGCGAUAUAAGCAGUGAAGGAAAUCCCGUACACCCUUCGUAUCACGUGACCAAGCAUUCUAAUAAACAUCAAAUGAGAAUGAAGGACAUGGCCCAUGUUAAAGCUUGAAUCUCAGUGCUUUCUGUGUAGCGAUUUGUUAGAGAAUUUUCUGUUUCUUACAACUGACCUGGUUGGCUAUUGCUUGAAAAUAUAAGAACAUAAUGAUUGUGUCUGGAAUUAGGCCAUUGGGUCUAUAUUUAUUUGUGUGCUAAAAGAAACCCAUUUUCGCUUUAUGGAUGGUGUUAAUAUAAUUCCGUUCAAUCUAAAGUAUGUAAUGGAUUUCUCCCGAGAAGUGGCAAAAUUAAUCUUUCACUAUCGCAUUGGUGCGCGAUUGUUCUAAAAUCUAAUAUUCUCUGAAUAGAUCAUAGCGUGGCUUUACUUUUAAAAAAUGCCUAAUUUCGACUGUAAGAACGUAAGCCAGGGAAAAAUGGGACCCAAUAUGCCUGUUCUACAAAUAUAUGCUCUGCAAAAAUAAGAGUUUUGAUUUUAUGUGUGAAGAAAUUAUUAGUAUAUAAUAUUUUAUUUAAAUGUUUUUAUUUUUAUCUUUAUGAAAAGAAUGGAUGUCUUUGCUGAUGUCAGUAUUACAAUGUACAGUCGCAAUUAUAUUAUUGUAUUAGUCGCAUAUAAUUUAAGACCCAUCGUUUCUCUGGAUAUUCUGCGCACCCCCUGUAGCCAAUUCUAUAACGGGUAAUGGCAUAAUAAAUUGGCGGCCCUGUCAUCUAUGCCGAAGGGAGGGCUUAAACAUCCCAUCCCUUGAUUUACAAGAAUAAUCCCAGAACAGUACCUCCUAGAUUAUUUAGUAAAGCACUAUGCAUACAAGUCAGGCCGACAACCUACAUAAUUGCUAUCCUGGUCAGGGAAAUAAUUAGAACAACUUGUAUUAAAGUUCGUCGUGAUCAAACGGACCGUCGGAAUUUUCCCAACCCUUUAGAGAUGGUGAUCAAAAAUUAUUUUAUUGGACAAACAACUGAUCCCCAAGCAAUAAUCAUGUUGUUCUUAUUGGGAGCGACGGUCUUCGAAAACAGCUCAAGGCUCCGCCAGUUCAAGUACGAUCUAUAUGAAACUUUGAUUCUUUGCAGAUAUAUAUAUAUAUUACCAUGUCUUAAGAGGAGAGUGGCAGGAGCGAUGGGUUUCUGUGAAUGUCCAUUAGUCAGAAUCCUCAAAUAACCUUCAUUUCUUAUAUUAUUAUCAUAAUCAUUAUUUAAAUGUAUUUAUCGUUAGCCUGUAGAAACAAAAACAAAAAACAAAAACAAAAAAAAAUCGCUGUUACCAGAUAUUUAAUACUUUAUCGGGGUAACUCGUCAGUUUGUAAUCUACGGAUGCAAAAGUAGUUGAACUUUCGCACUGAUAGGAAAAGAUGUCGUUUUUGAGAAAUGGGAAUAUGACCACGGGUUGGUACAUCGAAAAUAUUUGCAUUUAAAAACAAAAUGAAGUAUUUUUUGCUAAAAGGAGGUUAUCAUCUUUAUCGACCAUUUUCCCCACGUUGUAUGUCUUAUUUAAUUUCCAUUUAUGAAAUCAUUUAAUUGUUUGUUUGUCACUUAUAUCACUUUACCUGUAGAGUGUUUCGUCAUCAAUAUUAUUAUUUAUUUAUUCCAUGUGUACAUAAUAUGGCAUAAAGAAAAUGGUUUGUCCAAGAAUCUGUGAUCGUGUAAAUACAUAAAAUAGAUUUGUAGCUAAAGGAUCUUUAUAAUAUGUAGUUGUAUUGUGAAGGUAGGUGGCGGGAGAGGGGUGGGUGUGAUAUAUUUUAAAGGGAAGUAAUAGAUACGUCUGGGGAACGGGGUACAAAAUGAGAUACUUUACAGAAAAAAAAUAAUUGUAUUUAAGUUCGAAGCAAUGAAAUGAAAUGGAGUUUUACGUCCUAUGGUUUAGCCUCGGCUGGGCUAAUGAAAACGGUUUCGUUCGAAGACUUAAAUUAGUUUAAAAAUUUAAUGAAUGUUGUGAUCGUAUAUUCUGUCUUUGAUUUUGAUUCUUGAAUGUACUACUUUAAGAAAUUAUGAUUUUAUUUAUUUAUUGUUCAUUAGCUAUUUUUGAUUAUUGAAGAAAGAAAACGACGAAAUGAAAGAAAUAGAAUUAAAUUAUUAUAAUCUUGCACUAUUUAUUAUAUUUUUUAAAUUAAAUUAUUUGUAUGUUAAGUAUAAAUAACUAAUCACGCCUCAUCAUAAAACCGUCCAAUUGUAUAAUAUAACUUUAUGUACAUUAUUUAUAUAGUUACAUAUUAUGUAUAUAAAUGUCUUAAUAUAUAUCAUUCCGUCCAUACCUAUUUUUUGUAUACAUGUACAUGCAUAUUAUAAUUUUUACGAAAAGUGUUCAUAUACACGUUUGUAUUUAGCAUACCGUCCAUAUUUGUUUGUAUAUGUUUUGUUUUUUAUGCAAAUUAUUCAUAUUAAUUCGUCUAUUUUAAACACUAUGCUUUGGUAAAUAAUGAUUUAUGCUCCAAUAUACCAAUGCAAUAUAGGCGGAACCAAUCAUAAUUUAUUUGAUUUAUAGAGUAUAUGUUUAGUACUAUAGUUUAUAUUUGAAGCGGAAUAUAUCGGAGUAUUGUGGGAGAGAAUGUUUUGUAUGUUAAUUUGGUAUGUUUUAAUUAUUUAUACAUAUAUUUUAUGAAUUUGUUAUUAUUGUAUGGCUGAUAAACAUGAACAAAAUGGUAAAUUGUUUAUUUGUAUGUUUGUUUGUUUGUUUGUUAUGGCUGUCGUAUCAAAUGUUUCAUUCAUCCUUUAUUAAAAUUAUAUACAGUAA